GAGGUUUGCGCAUCCAAGAGCGGAGCGGGUGUCUGCGCUCGGUGGGACCGGACGCGCGUCUGGGAGGAGUAGGGAGGAUGGAGGCGUUUUUUGCAGAGGGGGCCCGUGUGUGGGUCAGGGAGAAGGAGCAGCUGGUCCCGUCCACCGUCAACUCCUGUGGAGAUGGAACCCUUGUUGUCACGACUGACUAUGGAGAGGUGUUGUACCUGCAGCAGGCGGAGGUCACCAGGGAGCGAGUGUAUGCCAUGCACCAGUCCAGCAUCGAUGGGGUGGAGGACAUGUCGACGCUGGCCGAGCUGCACGAGGCCGCCAUCAUGCACAACCUGUACCAGCGCUACCAGAAGGAUUGCAUCUACACAAACAUCGGCAGCAUCCUGGCGGCCGUCAACCCCUACAAGCAGAUCUCAGGUCUGUACGACCCGGAGCGGGUGGAGCUCUACUCCAAGCACCACAUCGGCGAGCUGCCGCCUCACAUCUUCGCCGUGGCCAACGAGUGCUACCGCUGCAUCUGGAAACGCCACGACAGCCAGUGUGUCCUCAUUAGUGGUGAGUCAGGGGCAGGGAAGACAGAAAGCACUAAACUGUUGCUCCAGUUCCUGUCGGUCAUGAGCCAGCACUCUGCAGGGACUCCCCCGUCGGAGAAGAGCACGCGAGUGGAGCAGGCCAUCGUACAGAGCAGUCCGAUCAUGGAAGCGUUUGGUAACGCCAAGACUGUUUACAACAACAACUCGAGUCGCUUUGGGAAGUUCAUCCAGCUGCACUUCUCUGAGAGCGGCAACAUCCAGGGAGGCUGCGUCAUCGACUAUUUACUGGAAAAGAACCGCGUGGUGCGACAAAACCCCGGAGAGCGGAACUAUCACAUCUUCUACGCUCUGCUGGCGGGAGCAAAAAAGGAGCAAAAAGAGCUGUACUACCUGGAAGACUCUCCUGAAUCGUUCCACUACCUCAGCCAAUCAGGAUGUCUGAAGGACAAGAGCUUGAACGACAAGGAACUCUUCAACAGCGUCAUGGAGGCGCUGAAGGUUUUAGAGUUUACAGAGGAGGAGAUCAGAGACAUGUUUAAGCUGCUGUCAGGAGUCUUACAGCUGGGCAACAUCGAGUUCAUGACCGCAGGGGGGGCGCAGAUCACCACCAAGCAAGUGGUCACUAAUGCCAGUGAGCUGCUGGGCCUGGACUGCUUUCAGCUGUCUGAGGUCCUGAUACAGCGCUCCAUAAUCCUCAGAGGAGAGGAGAUCUGCUCACCACUCACCAUAGAGCAGGCCGUGGAUUCCCGGGACUCCGUUGCCAUGGCGCUGUAUUCCCAGUGUUUCUCCUGGAUCAUCCUCAAGAUCAACCAGAAAAUCAAAGGGAAGGAAAACUUCAAAUCCAUCGGCAUCCUCGACAUCUUUGGCUUUGAGAACUUUGAGGUGAAUCGGUUUGAGCAGUUUAACAUCAACUAUGCCAACGAGAAGCUCCAGGAGUAUUUCAACAAGCAUAUUUUCUCCCUGGAGCAGCUGGAGUACAACAGGGAAGGUAUCCAGUGGGAUGCCAUAGACUGGAUGGACAAUGCAGAGUGUCUUGACCUUAUAGAGAAGAAACUUGGCAUGUUGGCUCUGGUCAAUGAAGAAAGCCGUUUUCCCAAAGGAACAGACUUCACUUUGCUGGAGAAAUUGCACAGUAGACACUCGACAAACCCCUAUUAUGUAAAGCCCAGACUCGCUGACCAUCAGUUUGGAAUAAAACAUUAUGCUGGGGAGGUGCUGUAUGAUGUCAGAGGAAUCCUGGAGAAGAACAGAGACACCUUCAGAGACGACAUCCUGAAUAUGCUCAAGGAUAGCAGGCUGGACUUCAUCUAUGACUUGUUUGAGAAAGUGGCCAGCAGGAAUAAUGAAGAGACUCUGAAGAUGGGAACAGCCAGACGCAAACCUACUGUGAGCUCUCAGUUCAGGGACUCCCUCCAUGCCCUCAUGGCCACGCUGAGUGUUUCCAACCCUUUCUUCAUUCGCUGCAUUAAACCCAACAUGGAAAAGAAUCCAAGUGUGUUUGAUCCGGAUGUGGUCCUGAACCAGCUGCGCUACUCGGGGAUGCUGGAGACCGUGAAGAUCCGUCGGGCUGGUUUUCCUGUCCGCAGAACUUUCAAAGACUUCUUCUCUAGGUAUAAGAUCAUUCUGAAGGAAAAGGUGACGGCAGCAGGAGAUGACAAGAAGAGGAGCACAGACCUUCUGACCAAAUAUGACAAGACGAAGAAAGAGUGGCAGCUAGGCAAGACCAAGGUGUUUAUGAAGGAGUCUCUAGAGCAGCGUUUAGAGAAAGACAGGGAUGAGGUCCGUCAGCAAGCAGCCAUGAUAAUCAGAGCUCACCUGCUCACCUUCUCGGCCAAGAAGCACUUCAAGCGCGUACGUGCCAGCAUCAUCACCCUCCAGAAGCACUUCCGCAAACACAUCCAGCGCAGGCGGUUCGUGAAGCAGCGUAAAGCAGCGCUGGUGCUGCAGAAACACAGGCGGGGUCAGGUGGCGCGCACCCGUGUCCGAAAACUCAGAGAGGAGAAGAAGAAGAAGGAGGAGGAGCAGAGGAAGAAAGAGGAGGAAGAGAAGAAAAAGCAGGGUGAAGGGGAGCCGCAGGGAGCUAAAGAAGAUGCAACAGAGAAGGAAGAUAAAUCCUCAGAGGAGCAGGCCCGUCAGAUGGAGGAGAUCCUGCAGCUGGAGAGGGAGAUUGAGCGCUUGCAGAAGAAGAGAGAGGACGGGGUGUCCCAGCUCUGUGAGUCCUCCAAACAGGAGCUGCAGCUGCGCAGGGAUGCCGAGCUCAAACGGAUGAAGAAGGAAGCCUCCCGCAAGGCCACCGAGCUGAUCGACCUCCUGAACUUCGGUGGCCUGGAUCCUGCACUGGGCGCAGUGGAGCCAAAGGCUGCUGCAGAGGCGAAAUCUCAGGAAGGGGCAGGCGCAGCCAAAGCUGCAUCCAAAGCUGCAUCCAAAGCUGCAUCCAAAGAAGAGGAGGUCGAUGAGGGCUUCCAUGCAGAGGAGGAGUGCAUCCCACUCCCAGACUUCCCCCCUCCUGCCGAGACAGAUGCACCUCUGGACCAGGACAUCUUUGCUCAACUCCCUCCUCCCCCACCUGCUUUUGCAGAGGGAACAGUGCCUUCCGCACCACCUCUUCCACCUCCCCUGCCAGCAGACGGCUCUGCCGUUCCUGGCCUUCCUACCCCUCCUCCUCUCCCUCCGCCUGGGGACGGCACUGCUGUCCCUCCCCCACCUCCUCCACCCCCACCACCUCCUCCACCUCCAGGAGAGGAGAAGAAAGAGGGUGAGGUGGGGAGGAAGGUGAGCAUGGCAGAGAGUCUGGGGGAUGGGGAGGAACCUAUCUACAGCAUGCCGGCCGACACUGAAUCUGACUACGACCAGGAGGAGGAGGAGGGGUCUGUCACCGCUGGAGAUGACAGCUCAGUGUCUGGCAGCAACCGCGGGAGCACCGCAGUGACGGACGAGGAGCACCCGAGGAAGUCGACCUGCACAAACGCCAGCAUCGAGUCCUACAGAGGCAGCUCCGACUCUUAUGCAGACAGUGAUGAUGAGCAUGAUGGUUUGGUGGACACUGAUGAAGAGGUGACUAACGGCCGAGUGAGCGUGCUCAAUGGAAACGGGCCACCAUAUUUCCACAGCUACCUCUACAUGAAGGCUGGUCUGAUGAUCCCAUGGAGGAGGCGCUGGUGUGUGCUGAAGGAUGAGACCUUCAUGUGGUUCAGGUCCAAGCAGGAGUCCCUCAAGUCUGGCUGGCUCUAUAAGAAAGGAGGAGGCCUGUCCACUCUCUCCCGCAGGUUAAACUGGAAGAUGCGUUGGUUCGUACUGAGGGACAGCAAACUGAUGUAUUUUGAGAACGACAGCGAAGAGAAGCUGAAGGGAACCAUCGACAUCCGGGCUGCCAAAGAGAUAGUGGAUAAUCAUGAAAAGGAGAACGCUCUGAACAUUGUGACAGACGAGAGGACUUAUCAGGUGUUUGCUGAGUCACCGGAGGAUGCAAGCGGGUGGUUUAACGUGCUGAGCAAGGUGCGUGUGUGCACUCCUGAGCAGCUGCUGGAGAUGUCCCACGAACAGGCCAACCCAAAGAACGCUGUGGGCACUCUGGACGUGGGACUGAUUGACUCUGUAUGUGCAUCCGACAACCCUGAUCGCCCCAACUCUUUUGUGAUCAUUACGGCCAACCGUGUGAUCCACUGCAACACGGACACACCAGAGGAGAUGCAUCACUGGAUAAGUCUGCUGCAGAAACCCAAAGGAGACGCCAAAAUAGAUGGGCAAGAGUUCCUGGUCAGGGGCUGGCUCCAGAAGGAGAUGAAGACGAACGCCAAGAGCACCUCUCUGAAGCUGAAGAAGCGCUGGUUUGUUUUGACCCACAAUUCCCUGGAUUACUACAAGAGCUCGGAGAAAAACUCCUCCAAGAUGGGAACUCUGGUCCUCAACUCUCUCUGUUCUGUCAUUCAGCCGGAUGAACGAGUGCACAGAGAGACAGGCUACUGGAACAUCAUUGUGCACGGGAGGAAGCACUCCUACCGCCUCUAUACCAAGAUGCUGAACGAGGCCAUGAGGUGGACAGCGGCCAUACAGGGAGUCAUAGACAGCAAAACCCCCAUAGAAACCCCGACUCUGCAGCUCAUCAGAGACAUCAAGGAAAACAGUGUGAACCCAGAGGUGGUGGAGCAGAUGUACAGGAGGAACCCCAUCCUCAGAUACACUCAGCACCCGCUACACUCUCCCCUACUGCCACUUCCCUAUGGAGAAGUCAGCAGCCUCCAAAGGCAGCAGGGUUAUGCCAGUCUUCAGGAUGAAGCAGUGCGAGUGUUCAACUCACUGCAGGAGAUGGAGACGCUGGCAGACACGGUGCCCAUCAUACAGGGCAUCCUGCAGACCUGCCAGGACCUGCGCCCACUCAGGGAUGAGGUGUAUUGUCAGGUGAUCAAGCAGACCAAUCAUGUGCCUCAGCCUAACAGCCCAGCCAAUCGCGCACACUGGCACCUGCUCACCUGCAUGAGCUGCACCUUCCUGCCCAGUCGAGCCAUUCUCAGAUACCUGCGUUUCCACCUUAAGAGGGUGCGUGAGCGUUAUCCAGGCACAGAGAUCGAGCGUUAUGCCAGUUUCAUCGGGGAAUCCCUGAAGAAGACCAAGACUCGUGAGUUUGUUCCCUCUCAGGAGGAGAUCGCCGCCCUGCUGGUGAGGCAGGAGAUGAGCACCACUGUCUACUGCCAUGGAGGCGGCUCCUGCAAGAUCUCCAUCAACUCACACACCACAGCUGGAGAGGUUGUGGAGAAGCUGAUCCGAGGUCUGGCCAUGGAGGAGAGCAGGAACCAGUUCUCUCUUUUUGAACACAACGCGUUCACAGACCGAGCUCUGGAAAGCAGAGUGAUCGUGGCGGACGUCCUAGCCAAGUUUGAGAGAUUGGCCGGCAGUGAAGAGGAGGAGGAGGAAGGCGAGUGGAGACUGUACUUCAAGCUCUACUGCUUCCUGGAUGUAGAGAGCAUGCCCAAAGAAGGAGUGGAGUUUGCUUUCAUGUUUGAGCAGGCUCAUGAGUCUCUCAUAAGCGGCCACUUUCCAGCCUCUGAGGAGACUUUGCAGCACCUGGCUGCUUUGCGUCUCCAGUAUCUCCACGGUGAUGGGGCGGGUCGGGCUGGGUGGAGCCUUGGAAGCGUCUAUCCAAUCGGGCGUCUCCGCAAUCGCAUCCUCCACUCCACCAAGCAGGGUGUGGCAGCGGCGGGUGGAGGAGGUGCUGGAGGAGCUGGAGGAGCCGGAGAAGGCAAGGGGACAAUAGGAGGCCAAAGUGGUAUUGGAGUCGUGUCGGAGAAACGUAGGACCCCGAGUUUCCUGGAUGGCACACUGAGGAGAAGCUUCAAAACUGGAUCACUAAAGAAACAGAAGGUGGAGGAGGAGCAGAUGCUGGAGAUGUGGGUGAAGGAGGAGACGUCAGCCACAAGGACCAGCGUUCUGGAGAAGUGGACCCGGCUGCAGGGCAUGCCGCAGCACCAGGCCAUGCUCAAAUACAUGAGCAUCGUCAAGGAGUGGCCCGGAUACGGAUCUACCCUGUUUGAUGUCGAGUGUAAAGAAGGCGGUUUCCCUCAUGAUCUGUGGUUGGGAGUGAGUGCUGACAAUGUGUCUGUGUACAAGCGAGGAGAGCCCAAACCACUGGAGACCUUCCAGUACGAACACAUCACCUUCUUUGGCGCUCCUCAGCCCUGCACCUACAAGAUCAUUGUGGACGAGAGGGAGAUGUUCUUUGAGACUCCAUUGGUGGGGGAGAUCACCAAGAUCAUGAGGGCCUACAUUAACAUGAUGGUGAAGAAACGUUGCAGCAUCAUGUCUGUGUCCAGUGUUGCCAGUUCAUGGAUCAGGUGAUUGCCACCAACCAGUCAGAGCCCUCGAUUCCUUUGGUGGGUCAGACAGCGAGAGGUAGCAGAUGCCUCGGUCUGUGGCAUUGGUUGGUUGGUUAUGAUGAAGGCAGUCUUACCAACCAGCUAAUCUUCAAGGCUGAAUCCACAAUGGUGGGGGAGCGUCUACAAGGGGAGUCUUUUCUCAAAAAGCAAGACAUACGUGGACACACAGAGGCCAAACGCACACUCAACUGGCCUGGGGUUUCACUUGGGAUAAGGGUCAAUAUGAUAUAGGAGUGGAGUUGUUGUCUAUUUAAAAAUGAGCAUGGAAAAAAACUGUAUUUUAGUACAGUUCCUCAAGUACACAACCCCAGUUUUAGUCCUGCAUGUAGAUGUUCAAGCACAUCCCAAACUUCUCUCUGUUGUCCUCUCUGGACCAAAGUCACAGAUAACAAGCACAACCACUCAACCCCACAGUCCCAACUCCUUCCCCAACCUGUCCCGGGUCGCUCCCAUCUCCUCGUGCACUGCCAGCCAGAGGAUAGCUACACUUUCUCAGUUAAAUAUUUUUUUUUGGCCCUUUCUCUCUCACCCUUCCAGUUUUGUUGUCUCUCUCUUUCUCUUCACGUGCGUUCGUCCUCACUCCUGUUGCAUCUUGUUUGCUAUAGGUAUUAAGUUUUGAUGCUGAAUUUGUUCUCGCUUGCUCUCUCUCUCUGUCGCUGUCACUCACUUUCUAUCUCUUUCUGUCUUUCUCUGUACUUCAUCUAUAUUACAUGCGUUGUGACUGACAAAUAGGACUCUGAAUAUUUUUUGGGGCCAAAGGGAACAUUAGGUCCUCCCCCACUGAGUGACAUUGUAUUCACUUCUGGUGACCUCACACAUCAGUGCCACCGCGUGGCCUCAAGAAGAAGACUUGAAAUAUCUCUGAAUACUAACAUAUAGACCCACUAAGGAGCAAGGAGUGGAAGUUUUGCCCUCAGGACUCUCUGAUCACGCUUAGCCUGAGAAGGAGGUUCUGUCCUCGGGCAGCAAUCUCACUUGGCCCUGCUUUUUUGAAGGAGAGCAAGACUGUGACUGUCAACAAAAUCAACCAGAACAGUAUGAGACAAAAAAAUGUCCUAUUUAUGUCUACAUAUUACUAGCACACACAUUGCAUAAUUCCCCUGUAUAUUCACAUUUACCCAUACAUGUACGCAUAAAUUGAACAACUUGUAUCGUUUUGUACUGUAUAUCACACAUACUGUAAGAACUAUAUUGAAUUUUGGUGGCCACCUGUCCUGUACAGUAUAUAAAUGCCAUACUAAAUGCAAUGUGACUGCUCUUAUACAUGCAACUGAAUGGUGUUAAUGACCACUGUAUGUCUAAAUAUGCCAAUACUUCAUUCCCUGGCUGUGCCAUCAGUGUGACUCACAAGUUUAGUAAAGCAUUGAUCAUAAUGAGUUUGACUGGGACAGUGGUUACUGGCUGCCAAGCUGUUUUUCACUAUGUUCUGAUGAAUUUUACAUUAUUACCUUUUGCCGUUAUCUGUUAGUAUAAGCUGGAGCCAUACACUGCUGUGUAUUCUCAUCAGCUCCACCCAUGGUAUUUUUUUUUUUUUUUUUUUUUUUUUUUUUUUUUACAAAGGAUAUCAGUGAAUUAACCAUUAAUGCUUCUAAAAGCAUAAGAAAUCGAGUUUGUCUGUGAUUCAAGCCUGUUAAUGAACAUGUGUUUAUUAUUACUGCUACUACUUAUAUUACUGUAUGACCCUGCUGUCUUCCCCCCUGAAGUGCUGUGUUUGGAAUGCUGCUGUGAGUGUGUGUAUUGAUGGUGUUAAUGCAAACAUAGUGUCUGACGGAAAAGAAAAGGGAAAUGAGAAACAAAGAGAGAGAAGUAAGAUGAAUUACUGUAUUCACUGAAAAUGAGAAGAAUAUUUACAUAACCUUUACAGAGAAUGAUUUUGUGAUUGUGAGUUAAAAAAAUGGGGAGGAGUAUGGGACUGGAGGGAGGGAUGGGAGUAUUUAUUUCUUAUUGUAUGUACUGCA